AACGUUUGCCGAGCAGCAUGGAAUCCAACGUAAGACAGAGAAAGUUCGACUCUCACACAGAUAAAGCAAGAGAAUCACCAGAUGACGAUGCGAAGCAAAAUACAGUGGCGUCUCAAGGAUGGGGGGCUUUUGGUGCUGCAUUCAUCCUGGCAAGUGUUACAUGUGCCGUGCUCAUCCUGGUGAUCCUGCCAUCACCGAUACAACCGCUGUCAUACAGUCUUCCACCUCGCCCCACCCUCACAGGUGCCCUGACCCCCAACGACAGGCUGACCGAGGCGGAGCAUCUGUUUGAGGACAACAUUGAGGGACCCGAGUCACUGGUGUUUGAUGGAGAUCACCUGUAUACUGGGACCAUGGAUGGAACGAUCCUUGACAUAUACAAAGGGCAAAAGAGGGUGCUGGCCAGACUGGGCAGGGAGCCCUGUGGAGGUUAUGUGAACGAGCCAACGUGUGGACGACCUCUUGGCAUGAGAUUGAACAAAGAUGGCUACCUUAUUGUAGCAGAUGCCUACCUUGGCCUUUUCCAGGUCAAUGUAGCAACAGGUGAUGUUCAUCAGAUCUACUCUUCACAAGACCCUAUCAAUGGUCAGAAGCCGCAGUUUCUGAAUGACCUUGACAUUGCAAGUGAUGGAACUAUUUACUUCAGUGACUCCAGCACAAGGUGGGGGAGAAGAGAGAACAGAUACUGUGUCAUGGAGGCUGAGGAAACAGGAAGAGUGAUGUCGUUCGACCCAACAACCCAUGCAAUGUCACUUUUGAUGGAAGGCCUUGCAUUCGCUAAUGGUGUCCAGCUUUCCUCAGACGAGGACUUCCUGCUGGUCUGCGAAACUACAAAGGCGAGGAUUUGGAGAUACUGGUUGAAGGGAUCCAAGGCAGGCCAAAAGGAAGUGUUCAUGGAAAACCUGCCUGGACUGCCUGACAACAUCCGGCGAAACCGCCGGGGAACAUUCUGGGUGGGUUUUGCAACGGUGCGCAGGGCGGAAAAGUUCUCCAUGCUGGACUUCACAUCCGACAAACCCUGGCUGAGAAGCCUCAUCACAAAGAUUGUUUCUCAAGAGACCAUUGUCCGACUUGUCCCCAAGUACGGCCUGUUGUUGGAGGUGGACAAGGCAGGACAGAUUGUACAAAGUCUACAUGACCCGAUGGGAACUGUUGUGCCCUCAGUCAGUGAAGUCGAGGAGAAGGAUGGAGUUCUCUACCUUGGAUCUUACAAUCUUCCAUUCCUGAGCAGACUGCGCUUGAAGAAAACUGGAAACUGAUAUAGUUUUCUGGAGUUGUUUGCUAUAGGGUGUAUCUUGUGCCAGUGAUGCUGAUAUGCCCUCUGUAGACUUUAAUGACCUUUUGGAUUCCAAUGAAUCUUUUCAGCUUAUAUUUCUACCUUUAUCAUUGAUUGAGUCAGUGAGUUGGGUUUAACGCUGUUUUGAACAGUUGUCCAGUAUUCACCACUUUAUUGAAAUCCAAAGGAGCGAACCGGGAUUCAAACCCACAAUCAUAGAUCCCUGGCAUGCCCAAGGGACACAACUUCCUUAGACGACUGGGCCACCCAUGCCUGCUCAACCCCUAAGAAACACCUUGAUAUGUUUAUGAUGGUUUUGUGAUGGUUUCAUUUUGUGCCAGUUCAUAGAUCAUAACAGCAAAAAUUGUUUUAAACAAAGACCAACUGUACAUAUAUAUAUCUAUACCAGUAUAGAUACAUGACAAGUAUGGCCCUUACUAAGCCUAAUUACAAUAAUGCAAAAUAUAAUGAAAUUUGGUACAUGUGUAGUUACAAGUGGGACUCGCAUACAUGCUGCACUUUUUGUGACAGUUAAAGUUUUUACUUUGAUUUGACCCUUGUACUUCAACCAUGCUUUGUACUGAUCACUCGUCUAAAGUUACAAGACUGAGGAAAACUGAACAUUAGCAUGUAUAUGUUUUCAUUUCAGGCUAUCAUAUUUAUUCAAAUCUGUAGAAUUUACUGUUUAGUUGUUAAUCCUCAAUCUUUAUGUGGAAAAUGUUUGAAUGUCUUUGUUUAGUGGUUGCCUUUACUUUUUAAAGUCAGUUUAGACUGAUGACACAUAUACAGGUGAGCUACAGUGCCGUGGCACUAUUUUUGUUAUCAAACAUUAUGGAUUUACCCCAUCACCUCAACCACACAUGUAAUAUUUCUGUUGAGAUCGAACACAGACUUUCAAUCAGACAAGAAAUGUUCCCUCUGAGUAUUUAAUUACCUUAACAUGCAAUGUCUGUGACUAGUACAUCCGGGUGUCUUGUUCUAGUAUGAGGCACAUGAUACAUAUCAUAUGAUUUAACAAAAUGCCAAAAUAAUUCUAUUUUCUUAAUUGCCCACAAAGUAGUUCCACAGAGACCUCCUGUAUGUAAUGGAGUAUUGCCACACAUGUUGUGAGGUGAUUCUCAGUGAGCAGACGUCAUCAUUAGAUUGUAUGAACAUAAACUGUUCAAUAGUUCCACAGAGACUUCCUGUAUGAAAUGGAGUAUUGCCACACAUGUUGUGAGGUGAUUCUCAGUGAGCAGACUUAAUCAUUAGAUUGUAUGAUCUUAGACCAUUCAGUAGUUCCGCAGAGACUUCCUGUAUGAAAUGGAG